AUGACAACUACUCACGUUCCGUCUUUGCCGCAGGAAUCGUCGGGUUCGGUCUCGACUCAUCCUGUCCAUCAGCUUCCCUGUGGCGCGCCUGAUACUCUCCCCUUAUUUCCCGGCCUCCUGAACGCCAGAGCGGACCAUCGCCGGUCGCUUAGCCCUCCGACACCGACUGGGUCCAGUUUGGUACCGGACCCAUAUUCCAAGCAAGGCCACCGUCGCAGGUCGAUCUUCAGAAAGCUGGCGGGUCCACGGGAAAACGCAAAGCGCCUCCUCCGCUUGGGGGUCCCCGGUCUCAUGCAACCCACCCCAUCGCCACCUGGCCUCCCGAUGUCUCGCUCACGCCGUCCACGUCCCGUGUCGGAAAUCCUAAUCUCCGCAGACGAUGCUCAAAUGUUGGCGGCUGCAAAUACGCAGACUGGCCGAUUACGAUCGGACUCCUCGUCGACCAUUUCGGCAAAUCGACCCCGCUCGGGAUCGACACGCCAGAGUACCCCCCCUCCAGAGUCCACCGCGCAGUUUCCGACCUUGCGCAACGAGAAAACUGUCGCGACGGGCAGCGGCAUCACCGUCGGUGUCGCUCUCACGGAGCCCGUGCUGUAUCUGCAGGGAUACGAUCAAAAUGAUCCGACCACCAAGAAGUCUGCGAUUCUGCGCGGGCAGUUGCAUCUCAAGGUGACCAAACCUGUCAAGAUCAAAAAGGUGUCUGUCUGUUUCCGUGGACAUGCUCAAACGGACUGGCCUGACGGAAUCCCCCCGAAGAAAAUCCACUUCCACGAUAAGAACGACCUCGUCACCCAUGGCGUCGUCUACUUCGACCACGGCGGUAGCACCCUGAUGCAGAAUGAUUACGGUGCAUCCUUCUAUCGACUUGCCAAACCGCUGCCGUCCGUGACGGGAAAGGAUGGAACGACAACGUUCGCCCGUGAAUUUUUCCCGAAAACCGGAUCCUCGACCUCGUUGAGCAGUGGUGGGUCGAAGCGGCUCUCCUUGCAAUCAAAUCAUCAUCACUCGCGCAGCUUUGGCAAGAAUGAUGCACCGUCCAACACCAGCGCUCAUCCACCGCGCAACUACCUCAUGUUCCCUCCCGGUGAUUAUAUAUAUAACUUCGAAUUUCCCGUUGAUGGCUCUCUCCCGGAGACCAUCAAUACCGAACUGGGAUUUGUGAAGUAUGAUCUUGAAGCCAUCGUGGAACGGUCGGGCGCGUUCCGGCCCAAUCUGCUGGGCAGCCUGGAAGUCCCCGUUAUUCGGACCCCAGCCGAGGGUUCAUUGGAGCAAGUCGAGCCGAUCGCGAUCUCGCGAAACUGGGAGGAUCAACUGCACUACGAUAUUGUCAUCUCGGGGAAGUCGUUUCCCCUGGGCACCCAGGUGCCCAUCGCAUUCAAACUGACACCCCUCUCCAAGGUGGAGUGUCAUCGGAUUAAGGUUUACGUCUCCGAAAAUAUACAACACUGGACAAGCGACAAGAGCGUCCACCGCUUUCAACCAGCCAAGAAGGUCCUCCUCUUUGAGAAGCGAGCGGAUUCUCCCAGUACGAGCACCUACCCUGGCAGCUCUAUGCGUGUCAUGGCUGGCGGCGGUGUCGGCUUCGACCAGCGUGAGGCUGCGGCGCGGGGCGAAGAACUCGUAGAUCGGAGUCGGACGAGUUUAUUGGGAGACGUCGCCAGCGACGCAGGAACCGGCCCGACCGAGAUGGAAUUCAAUGUCCAGCUCCCGAGUUGCCACGAAAUGAAGCACCGCGACGAGUCUCAACGGCUGCAUUUCGACACGACCUACGAAAAUAUCCAAAUCAACCAUUGGAUCAAGAUCGUACUGCGUCUCUCCAAGGUUGACGAACGGGACUCAGGAAAGAGGAGACAUUUUGAGAUCUCAAUCGACUCUCCCUUCCAUCUCCUCUCCUGCAAAGCGACCCAAGCCAACAUCUGUCUCCCCGCGUAUACGACCCCGAACUCAGAUCCCGUGCCGCAAGCGCAGGAGUUCGAGUGCGGGUGCCCCGGCGCCCCUCCCCUCCACCGGAACAACUCAGGCGGCCACCGUCCUCCCUCCGAAGGGGAGGAGCCAUUUCCUGGACGGUCAGUCAGCCGGAGCUUCACCAACGGCUCUGGCGGUUUAGCUCUGCCUCCUCAGGCGCACUUGGCGUACGGGGCGAGCGAGCCGGCUACCGACCCGGCACCGCGUCCAAUGCAUCUUUUGAGAGCCCCGUCCUUCGCUCCACCUCCUUUCGAGGACGUCCCUCCACCGCCACCGCUGAUCACGCCUCCCCCCGAAUAUACGUCGAUCGUCGGCGACAACGACCGGGACGCGGUGCUCGAGGACUACUUCUCGCGGCUAUCCUGCUACGAAGAGCACGCCGACGACGAACGCGGCCGAGGCCGUGUCGACGUCCCUCUCACCCCCGGCGGCCGCGUCAACCGCAGCAUGGACGUUCCCCGUGAAUGGGUUCGUCUGGAAGAGUCAGCCGUCUGA